AUGAUUACUUUGGCAAUCGUUGUAGUUUUCUGUGCGCUAGCCUAUUAUUACAGCACUAAAUCUUUCAAAUAUUGGGACGCGAAAGGAAUCAAACAUGACAAGCCUAUCCCACUCUUCGGAAAUUGCUUUUGGUACUAUUUAAAAAAGCGAACGAUCGCUGAACUUGCACACGAGGUUUACAACAAAUAUCCCAACGAGAAAGUGGUUGGCUUCUUCAGAGUAGGACGGCCAGAGUUAGUAGUGAGAGAUCCUGAAAUCAUAAAACGCAUUCUUGUUACUGAUUUUGUCCAUUUCAAUUCGCGCGAUAUAGAUUUUCAUGAGGAAGUUUUAGAGCCGAUGAUGCGGAAUUUAUUUUUUGCAAGAGGCGAUCUCUGGCGGCUGUUGCGUCAAUGCAUGACACCAAUUUUUACUAGCGUUAAGCUAAAGAUGAUGUUCCCGCUGAUAGUGGAAAUGGCUGAGAAGCUGCAGGCACGCGCGUUCACAGCAGCUGCCGCAGGCCAUACAAUUGAUGCCUAUGACCUUGUGUCUCGAUAUAACAUCGAUUUUAUAGGCUCCUGCGGAUUCGGAUUGGACAUCAACGCGCUGAGCGAGGAAGACUCAGCAUUCAAGAAACUCGGCGUAAAAAUAUUUCAAGUUACUGCAAGAGACUUGUUAGUUAAUUUUCUAAAUAUAUUCAUCCCGUGUAUCGGGAAACAAUUCAAAUACUUUGAGAGAAUUGAAAGUGAUAUACUUAAAUUGACGAAGCAAAUGUUAGACGAAAGAAAUUAUGAACUAUCGGGCAGAAAUGAUUUUAUCGAUAUGUUACUUGAAUGUAAGAAAAAGGGGCCAAUUGUUGUUGAAUCUAUCGAACGUAGGAAACCAGAUGGAAGCCCGGAUAUAGCAACGUUAGAACUCGACGACGUUCAUAUAACCGCUCAAAUAUUUACGUUUUUCGCUGCUGGUUUUGAAACUACGUCUUCAGCCAUCAGCUACGUAUUGCAUCAACUAGCCUAUAAUCCUGAGAUACAAAUAGAAAUUCAAAAAGAAGUUGAUGAAGUACUUACUAAAUACAACGAUAAACUCAGCUACGAUGCUAUUAAAGAAAUGACUUACCUGAACUGUGCACUCAAAGAAGGUCUGAGAUUAUUUCCACCUGGAGGCGUUAUAUUGAGACAAUGUGUCCGCAGAACCCCAAUUCCUGAACUAAACAUGUCAUUGGAGAAGGACGAUAGAAUAAUUAUACCUGUUAAUGGACUGCAUAAUGACCCAAAAUAUUUUGAAAAACCUCAUGAAUUCCGACCGAAAAGAUUCAUCUCGGAAGAAUUUGGUAAAACCAAUAAAUAUGCUUAUCUGCCAUUUGGAGCGGGUCCCCGAGCAUGUACUGGUGAGCGAUUGGGUGUGAUGCAAUCGUUGGCAGGAUUAGCAGCAAUACUCUCGAAAUUUACUGUGGUACCCGCUCCGGAAUCGAAGGAGCACCCCGAAACUGACCACACUGCAAACUUUGUGCAAGCCAUAAAAGGUGGUUUACCCCUACUUUUUAAGGAAAGAAAUAUGCACAUACAGAAAUAA